AUGGUUCACCAACACGGCGUCACUGGCAUGCUGGGCGAAGAUGGCAUCCACGUUGACAUGAACCACUUGAAGAGCGGCGAGGUCAACCUCGGAACCUCGAUCAUGGCAAUCAACUUCAAGGAUGGUGUUAUUCUCGGUGCAGACAGCCGGACGACUACUGGUGCUUACAUUGCGAACCGAGUCACGGACAAAUUGACACAGGUGCACGACACCAUCUGGUGCUGCCGAUCGGGGUCGGCUGCCGAUACCCAGGCCGUGGCCGAUAUUGUCUCCUACCAUCUGAACAUGUACGGCGUGGUCAACAAUGAGGCUCCCAGCACCCAGGUGGCUGCAUCACUCUUCCAGGAAUUGUGCUAUGAGAACAAGGAUGCGUUGAGUGCGGGUAUCAUCAUUGCUGGAUACGAUCCACGACACGGUGGUCAGGUAUACUCGAUACCGCUGGGAGGAUCCCUACACAAGCAGUCGUUCGCGAUCGGCGGAUCAGGCUCAACCUACAUCUACGGUUACACUGAUGCGCACUGGAAGGAGCAGAUGACGGAGGAAGAGGGAAUCGACUUUGUGCGAAACUCCUUGCGAGAGGCGAUCAAGUGGGAUGGCAGCUCUGGUGGUGUUAUUCGACUGGUGGUCUUGACUAAGAAGGGUGCAGUGCGGCACUUGUACCUCCCGGACAACGACUACACCGGGCCUGGAGUGACAAAUUAA